UGUACUGGAAGAGGGCAGAUAGUAGUGCAUAUGUAUUGUGCUACUUACAUCAUACAUACAUGCUGAGUAGCUCAUUGCCCUUUCAUCCCACUUACAAGCUUUUCAAAACCAGGCACAAACCCCGGCUGGCUAGGUCCUUGAUGUGCUCACAGAAAUUUGACUUGCCCAAAGUAAAUCUCUAGGUGAUACAUUCAUGCAGAAAACCUCCAGUGCUAACAGUAUGUGUAGCAGAUGCAGGAACGUCCAUCCAGAUCUGUAAGAACCUGGAACAGGAGCUUUGAGUAAGUAACAGAUGCGGGUGAAAGAUCCAUCAAGAGCCAACCCCGAGAAACCAAAGAGAAGCAAAAGGCCCAACAGGCUGCAGGAUGAAGACUCUUCAGAUGAUAUUUCAGGCUUAACCUGCCAGCACGUGAGCCAAGCGGUGGAUGUGCAUCAUGUGAAGAGGGCGGUAGCUCAGAGCGUCUGGUCGAUAUGUGCGGAGUGUCUGAAGGAGAGGCGGAUGAGUGAUGGUGAGCCUGUGGCACCUUCGGACAUAUGGCUGUGUCUCAAAUGUGGCUCUCAGGGGUGUAGUAAGAACUCAGAAGGCCAGCAUUCUCUGAAACACUUCCAGACAGCACGCACAGAACCUCAUUGCAUUGUUAUCAACCUCAGCACGUGGAUCAUAUGGUGUUAUGAGUGUGAUGAGGAGCUGUCAACACAUUGCAACAAAAAAGUUUUGGCACAGAUAGUCGACUUUCUUCAAAAACAUGGUUCCAGGGCUGAACCAAGUUCAUCAAAAAUCAUACGACUCCGUGAAGAAAACAGUGAAGCAAGUGAAAUACUGAAAGGAAAAAGUUCUGCUAAUGGUGCGACAGUUCCAGUGAAAGGAAUAAAUAAUUUAGGAAAUACAUGCUUUUUUAAUGCUGUCAUGCAGAACUUGGCGCAGACUCACAUACUAAAUGAACUGAUGUGUGAGAUGAAAGAGAAAGGAACAAAGUUAAAAAUCUGUCAUACUUCGGACUCCCAGUUGGAUCCUUUGGUGGUGAACCUCUCCAGCCCAGGACCUUUGACAUCAGCGAUGUUCUUGUUCCUUCACAGCAUGAGGGAGGCUGGAAAAGGUCCUCUUUCUCCCAAAGUGCUCUUCAGCCAGCUUUGUCAAAAGGCUCCUCGAUUUAAGGGGUUCCAGCAGCAGGACAGCCAGGAGCUUCUGCACUAUCUGUUGGAUGCAAUGAGGAUUGAGGAGACAAAGCGUAUACAAACUGGUAUCUUAAAAGCAUUUAAUAAUCCAACUACUAAGACGGCAGAUGAAGAAACUAGAAGAAAAGUCAAAGCAUAUGGAAGAGAGGGUGUGAAGAUGAACUUCAUAGAUAGGAUCUUUGUUGGUGAAUUGACUAGCACUGUCAUGUGUGAGGAAUGUGAAAAUAUUUCAACAGUAAAAGAACCUUUCAUUGAUCUUUCACUUCCUAUAAUAGAAGAGAGGGUUGCAAAACCUGUACCUUUGGGAAGAACAGGUAAAGGUAAAAGUGUACAAGAGGCAGAUCUUGGUCAGUAUAACUGUUCUUCUAUCACUACACUGAAUAAUCAACCCAAAAUUGUCAAGAAGCAUGCUUUAACAAAAGAUAAGAAUCAAUUGAACCAGGAGAGACGGCUUGCCAGAAAAGCUUCCUCCAAUGAAGAACAAAGAAGUCCUGUUAUCUUGCAGGGAAAAACCAAAAAGCUUGAGCUGGAAGGUAGCUCUGGCAUCCCGUACUCCAAAGAUACAGCUGCCGACUCUGCUGUGAAUGGCAGCCAGACAGACGGCAGCGAGAAGGAAGCCAGUCGCUCUGAAAGCAGCUUUGAUGCAGACAGUGAAGCCUCAGAGAGUGAAAGUGCUUCUAAGCAAACGGCUUUUGGCCCGUCCGGCAGCAACGCGUCUGCUUUGCACAUCAGCCACGUAAAUGUUAAAAUGCCACACAGCAAACCCAGUGACAGUAACGAUGAGACGAUUUCCAGUGCCAUGUCCAAACUCAGCUUCUGCGAUACUAUAAAGGAAGAUAAAAAAUUGAGCCGUGGGGAUACAGCAUUAGGUUUAUCAAAUAAUUCCAUGUUCUCAGUAGACAAACCCCUGCUAUCCCAAAACCCUCAAAAUGCUUUCCAGACCCUUUCCCAAAGCUACAUAACUAGCUCAAAGGAAUGUUCUGUUCAGUCCUGCCUUUACCAGUUUACCUCUGUCGAGCUUCUCAUGGGGAACAACAAGCUGUUAUGUGAGAGCUGCACAGAAAGGAAACAGAAGUAUCAGAAGAAAACCAUCUCCACAGAGAAGAAGGUGGAAGGUGUCUACACAAAUGCUCGGAAACAGCUGCUGAUUUCUUCAGUUCCCGCUAUUCUUAUUCUCCACCUGAAGAGAUUCCACCAGGCUGGUUUGAGUCUACGGAAAGUAAAUAGGCAUGUGGAUUUCCCAUUGAUUUUAGACUUGGCACCAUUUUGUGCUGCAUCUUGCAAGAAUGUUACAGAUGGUGCAAGAGUACUAUAUAGUCUUUACGGAAUAGUGGAGCACAGUGGGUCCAUGAGAGGUGGUCAUUAUGCGGCGUAUGUGAAAGUCAGGACACCCUCCAAGAAAUUACUGGAGCAUAUUUCUACCACUAAAAAUGUUCUGGGUUUAAAAGAAGCCAUGGGAGCACCAGGAGGCCAGUGGGUGUAUGUUAGUGAUGCCCACGUUCAGAUGGUUCCAGAAUCAAGAGUAUUAAAUGCACAAGCAUAUCUACUUUUUUAUGAAAGAUUAUUACUAUAAUUCUCAACAGUUUAAUUUAAAAGAUGGUAGUGGUUAUUUAGUUUAUCUUAUUUAAAGCUGCAGUGGUAAGAGUACCUGUAAAUAUUGUGCCUUUAUCUUGUAGAGAAUUUAUCAUAUGUCAACUUUAAAGUUCAGUUAAGCUGUUAUAAAUAUCUGAAUGGUUCUCUGAAAGUAUGCACUUUGCCAAAUAUUUAAAAUUCCUGGCUUCAUUAAAAUACAGUACCGUUAGAAUGUAAGAUGAUGUCCUAUCUUACUGAGGUCUAUGGAAAGUUUGUUCUUGAUUUUAAUAAAGAUAAGCUUUCAUCCAUAGUUCUAGAACAGUUGAGAAUAAAAAUACUGAUAGCGUUAAGUGCCUGGAUUCCCUGUUAUUUCAACUUUCUUGUGCUCUAGUCCAGAUCCUUCCCGUCAGUGGGUUGGAUGUCAGCUAGUAAGUUUUCUGCAAACAAGAACCUGUCAAAUCCUGUUCCUUCCACACGUAGUAACUGGAAGACACAGUGCUUCCAGAAUGGAGGAACAGCAGCUGGCUCUGUGCUUUCCUGAUAGAGCUGGGAAGGGACUGGGAAAAGAUCCAUUUGGCUUCUGCAAAAUGACAGUGAAUCCGCCCAUACCCAGUACCCUUUCAGCUGUCUCCAACUGGCACUGGUAUAGCAAUGUAUUCCUGUGUUAAUAUAAAUAUAUACUUGGUGUGCAUAUGUAUAUCCUCUGAUAUAGAUAUAUAGAUACACAUAUGUAUGUAUAUAUGCACACCAUAAAUGCAUCAAUAUAUAUUGUCACUUUACCUACUAGGAAAGAGAAUUGCAAAUACUUCUGUAUUUAGUAAAUUUUCAGUUAUGACAGUGUACAGCAUAUAAGCUUGUGUAUGACUAUAUAUGGGGUUUAAGUGUAACCAGGUAAUGCUGUUACUUUGGUUUCUAAACAUGAAUUUGUUUAUCUGUUCCCAAAUACUUUUCUCAUAGGAGUAAUAAACUAUACAUUAUUUUUGCACUGUG